AUUUACUUCACUAAUUACUGCCAAGUGUUUUUAAACUUCUUCAUAGCUCAAGAAUGGCAAAAGGCUCAUUUGCUUUCUUGGCGGGCAUUCUGUUCCUUUUCGUUAUUGCUAUAUCAGAAAUAGAGGCAGGAGGUGCUCCAAAACUAUGUGAAAAGAGCAGUCAAACAUUUACAGGAAAGUGUGACAACAAAGAGUGUGACAAAAAAUGUAUGAAAUUUGAGAAAGCAAUACAUGGCACUUGUCACAAGCGCGAAGGGAAAGACGGGUGCUUCUGCUACUACGACUGUGCCACGGCUCCUCCUUCCAAAGACACAAAACCAGCUCCUCCCGGUUUGGUACCACCUCCAACUCCAUCUCCAUCUCCAUCUCCACCUGCUGAAGGUGGUGGUGACUCACCACCACCCCCUGCUGAAGGGGGUGGUGACUCACCACCUCCACCUAGCACUCACUAAGUGGAAGCCAAUAAAAUGUAACGGCUUAUCAUUCGAUGUGAAAGGGCCAUUGUUCUUGACUUGCAAGAGUUUUAUGAUUAUGAAUAAACACGAUGCCUUACAUAUAUAGCAAUUUCAUAAGUGUAACAUGCAAUUCAUGUGCAAUCAAUUGCUUAUAAUUCCAUACUUAUUUGUUUCAAGUAUUUAGUAUCAAAU